AUGAUUCGGCGCGAUGCGGGAAUUCCUGAAGUCUACAGGGGCCUCAUCGUCGGCAAAGGUGGCCACAAGUUGCAGAAGUUCCAGGCUGAAUUCGAUGUAACGAUCCAAGUUCCAGGUGACCAAAAGGAGGGCGAGGUGAUGGUGGAGGGCGGAGAGGCAAAAGUUGAAGCAUGCAUUGAGAAGAUGCGUUCAGUCAUUGAGCACCACUCUCGCGGUGUGCAGAGGAUGCAUUCAAAGAGCAAGGGCAAGGGCAGCGAGGGCGGCGCGGGCGGCGCGGGCCGGAAAAGUGAGGCAACGUCCCAGGCAGCUCGAGCAACCUGUUUGCUUUGCAACGCCGAAGUGGCGGGUCUUGUUACGGCUGUGGAGCACUUGCAGGGCCAGAAACAUCGUAUGAAGCUUCUGAAGCAAAGGCCUGACUUUGCCGAGAUUUUCCAGCGUCAGCGUUUUGAUUUGGCAGACCUGGAAGAAAUGCUCUUAGAGCCUGAGAUGGCAGAGUUCCAUCGGGAGCUGAACUUCAAAGUGGAUGAAAUUCUGUCCGCCAUCCCUGAGAUGCAGCUACGGGCAGAAAAGAUGGAAGAGGUCAAUGCUGAGAUUGCCAUCUUCAGCGAAGAUCCCAAGUGGUUGGAGAUCAAGUCCAGAGUCGUAGUCCACUGGGAUGACAGGCUGACAGGUUGUAAAAUUCAGAGGCUGACCAGAGCUCCAGACCUUGGAGAAAUGCUGACCCGCUGCAGCUUCAAAGAGCCUCCCAAGGCCAAGAUCCCAGCAUUGCCGGCACCACUGCCACAGGUAAAGGAUGUGUCAAGGUCGAGGAACAGCCUCAAGGCAGCUCAUAAAUAUCCUGCAGCGCCAGGGUCUUGCCGUUUGGGCAUUGCCAUGAUGAAAAUGCUUGGCAUCAAUUUCUCAGACUAUGACUUUAUUUGUGGGACCUCAUUCAUAAAAGCACUGGCUGGGGAUGCCAGCAGAAUCACGGAUGCCUUCUACAUCCAACGCUUCCGUCAGACAGCCUGUGUGCUUCACGUCCCUUCGGAUUAUCACAGCCAAAACGAUGCUGGGCGUGCUGUUGAGAUGCUGCUUCGUGGAGACUCACUACCAGGUUUUUUUGCGGCUGGGACAACUGUGGCCAUCGAUGGGCACACCUUCUUUGUAGUUAGCGAGGUGGACGCAACGGAUUCCAAUUCGACUUUGGUGGAGAUCAGGAGCUCCAAGACAGAUCAGAUCGUGAGGCCUCGAGUCGUGCUUCAAACUGCGCUCAAUGGCAGUGAGCACAUCUUGGGGUGCAAGUUGAAUAAGGAUGAAACGCAGCUUCUCUCCAUCAAGUGGCUCUCAACGGAGCAGAUCCAGAGGGAUCACCAGGAGAGUUUCACCGCGGCCGGGCAGCAUGUCCGAUGCAUGUUGAGCAAGGUCGUGGAUUUUUUGAGGGAUCAUGAUGCGGAGCAUGAAGAGCACCUCGUUUGGAAGGUGACGUUCGAUGCCCACGGCAAGGUUCCAAACUUUGAGAUCGCCACAGGAGUGGAGGAUGUGGAGGGCGUUCGACACCUGGCCCGGCGCGCCGCCGAAGUCGCUGCCUGGCGAGGGGGCCUUCUCUGUUUGGCCCCGGUCUUCAACGCUUGGAGUCGGCAGGUCUGUGGUGUGGCCUCCCGCCGCUUGCGCCCCGGCGAAGUGCUUCUGAACUCCGGACAGGCCGCCAAGCGUGCGCAGCAACAACUGCAAGAGGCGCGUGCGCAGCAUGUCGAGCAGCUGUCGGUGUUGGAGAAGGAGUUGGCAGAGUUGAAGAAGGAGGUGUCUGAUGCUCGCAUGUCCGCGGCUGCCUCCGUGCGGAGGGAGGCGCGUGUGGAGAAUAUCGCACGAAGGCACGAGCUGGCCGCCAAGCGUGGCGAGGAGCUCGCUGCACUCUUGGCUUGCAUGAAGGCUUGGAUGGGCGAAGUGGUCUUGUCGCGCAGCACCGUAGCACUGCGGAAAGAGGCCCAGGAGCGCCUGGCCGAGUCCCUGGCGCGUCAGCGCCUGGAAAGUCGCGGCGCGCUGCACCAGGCCUGGAGUGAUGCGGCGCAGGCCUCGCGGAGAGCGGCGGCGCUGGAGCGGCGCCUCCAUGAGACCCGCAGCGGUUCCGGGCGUGAUAUCGUCCCCUACGAUGCUUCCAGACCCUCCACCGCCCUGGCCAUCGAAGAACGGCUCCGCCGCAGCGACGCAGCCAGGGAGGCGCCGGAAUCGGAACCGCCGCCGCGUGCGGAGGUGCUGCUGGUGGAUCCGGCGAGGGAUGAGAUCCGGGCAGCGCGGGAGGGGCGCAAGGGGCUCUUCAUCGCGGCGCUGAAGCAGCAGGCAAAAUAUUGGCAGGCGGAAGCCUUCAAUGCGUGGUGCAGGGUUUUCCUGCAGGACCGGUGCCAAAAGUUGCAGGCUCUUCUGGACAUGCGGAAGAAGGCAGAACUCUGA